UAGGUCACUAUCAAAAUGUAGUAUUCAAGUCUCCCGAAUCUUUUUUUCCUUUCUGUGAUGCUACUGAUGAAGUGUCAAUAAACGCGUUCAAUUAUUUUUAGCAGCAGCUACCGAUCGGAUACAAAGAAUCAGAUAAAGAUAAAGGUCAAUACAAAUUCUGAUAAGGAUAAAGCUCUUUUUUUCAAAAUAAGAAUUGUCAAAAAGUGUAAAGUGUCAUGUGUUAAAAAGUCCAAAAUAAUUUCAAGAUAUGUAUAUCUUUACUCUCUAAACAAAAGUCCCAUAUAUUCGACGUGUUUUUGUUAUUCAUGCGUAACUUGGUAGCUUGUUCCAAGUAGCUAUUAUUCUUUGCAUUUAUGGUGACAUUCUCGAGUAGCUUAUCAUUGUCGAGUAGCUAUUUUUGCGAUAUUUUUUAUUUUUACAUAUUUGCGAUUUGACAUUUGGAGUUGAAACGGGAUGAAUCGAACGUAUCGACUUAUACUUAUCGCGCAUGCAUUACUAUUUUCGCAUGACAGUAGUCGUGGUCCACGCUUCAACGAAACGCGAUAAAUCCUUGGCAUAUAAUUGAAAUCAAUUAAUUCGACAACACUAAUAAAACGCAUCGCGGAAGUGUGCCCUCUCCCUCUUCGCCGAAAAGUCGAUAAAUUCUCUUUCCCCCUUUUCUCUUUGCGCCGCGGCGCGAGAUAUUCUUUGUUCGAUAAAUCAACGUCGAUUUCAUCCCUACGCGAGCAUCAAUUACAAGAUUCUUCUUGAGACAUUAAUUUAUUAUCGGGAGAAACGUGAUCUCGCGGGCGAUUGAUACACUCGUCGCUAACACGAAUAACACAAAAACAAUCGCCGACUCUUCGCUAAUAAAGAAAAAAAAGGAGGAAGAGUGUGCGUUCAAGCAGCUUUUGGCAGCAAUACGAAGAUGACGGAUGAACUACUAUUCCCCUCUCUGGGAUUGACGAUGAAUACCGUCGAAAAACAGUUAUUCUCACCGGUGAAGAUAAAUCUACCUAGCGAUUACGAAAUAUCGUGUACUCUGUUUGACAAUGAUUUUGAGAUACACAAUAGUGAUCAGUUGAACGCAACAAAUCCAGUAGAUUGUUAUACUGACUUAACUUGCUCUUUGCAAUCAUCUUGGAAUGACUGGUCGACUAUCAAUACACCUACAUCAUCAGGUUGUUUAAACGAAUUGAGCGAAUUGGACUCAGAAUUAGAUUGGUGUCUAGAGAGGAGCUGGGAUUUUGGUCUCCCAGAAAGAACACCAUUGUGUACUGCAGGGUGCGAAGGAUUUCUGCAUUUACCGCCUUUACCAAAUUCGCAACAGAUACCACAAUACGAAGAACCAUUGCUAGUGCUCGGAAUCGAUUUACGAGCAUUAGAGAAUGAAUUUGGAACAAAUACAAUAGAUUAUAAUAAUAAUCAGUUAGACGACGAUCCUUUAAUUCCAUCAGCAGCUACUGCCGCAUUAGCAACGCACGAUUAUACUAAUCGUAGCUUAGCAAAUGCAGCUGAAGAUCGAUGCUUUCCAUGUACUUAUCAAGGCUGUGUAAAGGUCUAUGCCAAAGCUUCUCACUUGAAAGCUCAUUUACGACGACAUACUGGCGAGAAACCGUUUGCAUGCACCUGGACUGGUUGCGGAUGGCGUUUUAGUCGAUCGGACGAGCUAGCGAGGCAUCGACGAUCGCACUCGGGCGUUAAACCGUAUCCUUGCGAAAUGUGCUCGAAGAGAUUCGCACGCAGCGAUCAUCUAGCCAAACAUCGUAAAGUGCAUCGGAAAAACGCCUAUCCCUUGUUCCAUGGUGCUAGGGGAUUACGCGGCGCCAAGACGAACGUUUUAUCGACAGAUUAAUCUAAAAUUGUUUGCGUUUUCUAGAUUUUUUCCUAAUUGAGAAAGUCAGCCAAAGCUUAUCGUCAUCGACGAAGUAAAGUUCUACGCUAUAGUUUCUAUAUAAAUUGACAAGUACUUAAAAUGUUUCUUUAAAAAUAGCUAAUGUAGAAAUAAUUUGCCAAAUAAAUAAUGUAAACUAAUAAUUUUUGGCCUUUUUCGAUGGCUAAUAUUGCUUGGAUUUUCGAUAUAUUUUUUACAAUUUCAAAAAAAUAAA